AUGACAAGGACAUUACUGCGCUUGGAACACUUUGCGGAAGCCCAUUCUAGCUUGUAUAAUAAGUAUCCAGAAGAGAGGUUUAUCGGAAGAUUCGAGUUUCUGAACGAGAUGGUUUUGAUCCGUGACUUGGAACUCGUUAAGCAGAUAACUAUUAAAGACAUCGAUUACUUCCUUGACCACCGUUCCUUCUUUAGUGAGACUCAGUCCUUUUUUGCUAGAAAUCUGUUCUCUAUGAAAGGACAAGAAUGGAAAGAUAUGCGUUCCACAUUGAGUCCGGCGUUCACCAGUUCCAAGAUACGUUUGAUGGUACCAUUCAUGGUUGAAGUUGGAGACCAGAUGAUUGCAAUGCUUAAAUCGAAGAUAAAAAACUCAAACAAGGAUUAUAUUAAUGUUGACUGCAAGGACCUUACUACUCGAUACGCGAAUGACGUCAUAGCUUCCUGCGCCUUUGGCUUGAAGGUCAAUUCUCUAAUAGACAAGGACAAUGAAUUUUAUGUACGAGGGAAGGAGACUUCAAUAUUCAGUUUUCGCCAGAUUCUGAUGUUUUUCCUGAUAAUGAACUUACCUACGGUGGCUAAGAUCUUCAAUUGGGAUUUCAUGUCGCAGGCGACGAAGGAUUUCUUUAGAAACUUGAUUUUAGGUACAAUGGAAGAGCGAGAGCUAAAAAAUAUUACUAGACACGAUAUGAUCCAUUUACUUAUGGAAGCUAGGAAAGGAAGUCUAAAACAUGAGAAUGUUAAAACGAAGGAUGACGCUGCAGGAUUUGCUACAGUUGAGGAAUCUGCAGUGGGCGUAAAGGAAAUCAACAGAGUAUGGACAGAUGACGACAUAAUAGCUCAGGCUGUGCUAUUUUUCGUCGCUGGUUUCGAAACUGCUUCUUCUGGAAUGUGUUUCCUUCUCUACGAGUUGGCUGUUAAUCCCGACAUCCAAGAUCGUUUAGCAAAAGAGAUUCGGGAUCACAACGUCAAGAACGGUGGCAAGUUUGACUUCAAUUCUAUACAGAAUAUGAAGUAUUUGGACAUGGUCGUAUCAGAACUGUUAAGGUUGUGGCCACCAGGUGUGGCUCUAGACAGACAGUGCACCAAAGAUUAUAAUCUGGGUAGACCUAACAAGAAUGCCGAAAAAGAUUUUAUUGUUCGUAAAGGGACAGGGAUUACCAUCCCAGUAUACGCCUUCCACCGUGACCCAAAGUUCUUCUCCAAUCCUGAAAAAUUCGACCCUGAACGCUUUUCUGAGGAGAACAAACAUAAGAUUAAUCCGUUUGCGUAUAUGCCUUUUGGUAUUGGACCAAGGAAUUGUUUGGGAUCGAGAUUUGCUCUGUGCGAAAUGAAAGCCAUCACAUACCAGCUCUUGCUACACAUGGAGAUAUCACCGAAUCGACAAGAACCUCAAGUUAUACAUACAGAAUAUAUUUUAUCCCUGAAGUAG